AUGACUUCAAGUACGAGCCAGAAUUCGGAAGCCGUCCAACCUGCUUCCUCCUCGAACUUCACGAAUGUAUUACCAACUCAAUUCCAAUUAACUUCGCCAAUCCCAACCGCCAAUGAAAUUGUCGAAAAGAGGAAACGAAGCAAUAAGCUCACAAAAUCCACAAAUGGUUUCAUUCUUUAUCGCACGAUUUAUCUCGAGGAAUUAAAAAAGAAAUCAAAGAAAUUGAGCAUGACACAAUUGUCUCGACGGGCAGGGCCUGCUUGGACCAAUGAACCUGAUGCAGUAAAGAAAAUGUUUAAAAAGUUGGCUGAGGAUGUGAGCAAAUUAUUGAAAAAAGCUCAUAUGGAAUCUAAAGAAUUUGUGAAUAAACGUUGGGAUAUUCAAACAACCCCAAGUAGAAGUAGAAGUAAAAGAAAUAAUGAUGAAUCUAAAGAAUUUCAAUUCCUCAUUAUAACUUCUGCAAGCGUCUCUGGAAGCACUUCACCAACUAACUGGAAUUCAGACAAUAUUGAAAGCCACCAAGAUGUUUCGCAACAAAUCUCUAGUUCCAAUAUUGAAAGUCACCAAGAUGCUUCGCAACAAAUUCCUGGAUCCAAUUUUUCAUCAUUUGUAAACAAUCCGCCGAUAUUCGCGAAUCAUCCUUCGGAGGACAACCAUGCAGGCACAUCUCUUCAUGAGGGUCUAGUUUAUAGUGAUAUUUCACAAAAUGAGCAAUCAGCUACUCAAAAUAGAGAAUUAUCAAACUUGACUUCAAGUGAAGGAUUCAUGUAUAUGGGAUUUAUGGAAAAUGAAAAUUAA